CCGUGCCGUCAGCUGAUGGGCCGCCGGCGGGGAAGGCUGCGGCCGCGCGAACAUGGCGGCCGAGAUCCACUCCAGGCCGCAGAGCAGCCGCCCCGUGCUGCUGAGCAAGAUCGAGGGCCACCAGGACGCCGUCACGGCCGCGCUGCUCAUCCCCAAAGAGGACGGCGUGAUCACGGCCAGCGAGGACCGAACCAUCCGAGUAUGGCUGAAGAGAGACAGUGGCCAGUACUGGCCCAGUAUUUAUCACACAAUGGCCUCUCCUUGUUCUGCUAUGGCUUACCAUCAUGAUAGCAGGAGGAUAUUUGUUGGCCAGGAUAAUGGAGCUGUAAUGGAGUUUCAUGUUUCUGAAGAUUUUAAUAAAAUGAACUUUAUCAAGACCUACCCAGCUCAUCAGAACCGGGUGUCUGCUAUCAUCUUCAGCUUGGCUGCAGAGUGGGUGAUCAGCACCGGCCAUGACAAGUGCGUCAGCUGGAUGUGCACGCGGAGCGGGAACAUGCUGGGGCGGCAUUUCUUCAGCUCCUGGGCUUCAUGUCUACAAUUUGAUUUUGAUACUCAGUAUGCUUUUGUUGGAGAUUAUUCUGGACAGAUCACACUCCUGAAGCUUGAACAGAACACGUGUUCUGUUAUCACAACCCUCAAAGGACAUGAAGGGAGCAUUGCCUGCCUCUGGUGGGACCCCAUUCAGCGGUUACUCUUCUCAGGAGCAUCAGACAACAGCAUCAUCAUGUGGGACAUUGGAGGCAGGAAAGGCCGGACGCUCUUGCUUCAGGGCCACCAUGACAGGGUGCAGUCGCUGUGCUACCUGCAGCUCACGAGGCAGCUGGUGUCCUGUUCAUCGGAUGGUGGAAUUGCUGUGUGGAACAUGGACGUUAGCCGAGAAGAGGCUCCUCAGUGGCUAGAGAGUGAUUCCUGUCAGAAGUGUGAGCAGCCCUUUUUCUGGAACCUAAAGCAGAUGUGGGACACGAAGACACUGGGUUUGAGGCAGCAUCACUGCAGGAAAUGUGGGCAAGCCGUCUGUGGCAAGUGCAGCAGCAAGCGUUCCAGUUACCCGGUCAUGGGCUUUGAGUUCCAGGUCCGAGUUUGUGAUUCCUGUUACAACUCGAUCAAAGAGGAAGAUCGGACUUCUCUAGCAACUUUUCAUGAAGGAAAGCAUAACAUUUCCCACAUGUCCAUGGACAUUGCCAGGGGACUGAUGGUGACCUGUGGCACGGACCGCAUCGUCAAGAUCUGGGACAUGACGCCUGUGGUGGGCUGCAGUCUGGCAGCGGGGUUUGCGCCACACUGAUCCAGGUGCUGGGUGAUGGCGACACCUCAGGAACAGCUGCCUCCGCCAGAUGAAACCCUUCCCAUGUAGCUCGACAGCCGCCGUCACAGGAAAGGAUAGUGGCUACCGAGAAACAAAUCGGCAUUUUUUAAAAGGAAUAAAAUGUAAAGGUGUGUGGGGGGCAUCUGUGGAACUCACCUGCGGGGACUAAUGUGGAAAUGAUCUGUGUAGGAACCCCUUCCUGAGGAAGGGGGAAAGCUUGCUCGUGAACAGUGAGCUCAGGUAUGAGGAAAGAGGAGCGUGUACUGAGUGAGUUUUAGAAGGGAAACAAUUGGAAGGGAAGUGGAUGCUUAGAACUUUACAAAAACAGUCCCAAGUCCAAACCCACAUCUGUCAGAGUGCUGGCCUCCCCUGGGCCCAGGCUUUCUGUUGUCAGAGCAGGAGCUAGGGAGGAGGGCUAUCCUCUCUUUGUCAAGGGGGGGGCACCACUUGUAUGUGAUUGUCUACUCUUAGUUGUUGAUAAACUUCUUAAAAGGCAUUUGUUCUCUUUAGAGAGUGUCAUCACCUGGUCUCAGCCUUGGAUUUGCUUUAGUCAUUUCUGUUGCAGCCAGUGUGUGUCAUGUAACCAGGAAAGUCCCCUACUCUUUCCCCCCACAUGUGUUCUGAGGACAAAGCUUCCUUAUGGUGCUGUUAACAUGAGUCAUGUGGUCACCAGACAUUUUCUUACUGUAGCUAGUAACAAGUAAUAGAAAACCCAGUGACCAGGCAAUGGUGAUGGGAUAGAGUCAGUUCCAUAGAAUGGGAGCUAUCUGUUCCUACUAAAGACACCUUUUAGGUGGAGUCCCAACAUGAGCCCCUGUGAUGUGGUGGAAGUUUAUUGUGUCCCUCAGAAAAGUGCUCCAAAGCUUUGUUGGCUUUUAAUCAUAACUAAUGUAAUUUAUUUUUCAUAGGAGAAUAUGGAUGGCUCAGAACUGUAAUCGUUAAUCAGAUCCUAUCAGUAAUUCCUUCCAUCAUAGCUAGUGAAAGUUGUUUCAAACAUAUUCUUAAAGUGCUUGGCCACAAAGUUUAGGUUAAGGAGGAGAUGGAGGAGAAUGAGUCUGCCUUUAAUAAUACAGAUGGGUACAUGUGUGUGUUUUGAUAGUAACACAUGUAUCCAUUCUUCUAGAGCUAUGAAAGCAAGGAGAGAAGGUCCUACUUUUCUUUUUUGGUGCCAGUACUGGGGCUUGAACUCAGCUCAAGGCUCUUGUUCUCUCACUUGAGGCAC